AAACAACGACGUGGAGCUAGCAUUUGGCUGAAAAUCUACUUUCAUUUUAGACCAUUCCUGUCAUCUUAAAGCUUUCAAAUUGCAAUGUCUGGGAUACCCAAGCUUUUCCAGUGGCUGUUUGGGGUAGGAACUUUCUUGGCUGUGUGGCUGAGUCUGGUGCUGAACUAUGUAGAAACAGACUUUUCUACAACACACAAAGAUCUUAUAUUGUUUCUCCCAUUGUAUUUAUUAAUAGGUUUUGCAUGUGUCUCUCUAGCUGUGAUAGGAUACAGAGUGGCUACAUUCAACGAUUGUGUUGAUGCUUCAAAAGAAUUACAACAGCAAAUUGAAGAAGCUAAAGAAGACUUAAAGAAAAAGGGUUUCAAGUUUGUGGAAUCAUGACCAUACUGUUUCUUCUGAAGUGUAAGGGAAGAUAAUCCUGUCAAACUCUCUCCAGACCAGCUUCAUCUAUAGCAAAUUUUUUUUUGUAUUUGUUUGAUAACAAGUUGGUUUUGUAUGAAUGUGUACAUGACCAUUUAUAUGUUCGAAAGUGAGAGAAAUGUGUAUACAAUGUGCACUUGGAUGAGAUCAUGACUUUCUGUGUUGCUCGAGAGAAAGGGAAUGAAUGCCAUGUGUAAUAGAGACAGUCUGAAGACAUUGAUGUUUACUUACUAAUAUAAUGUAAGCAAAUUUUUGGACAGCUUUGUGUACAUUGUAUUUGCAAAUCUAUCAGUCAGAACUCAAGUUGUUUUUUAAGAUGAUAGGUUUCGUAAGAUGAUAUAAAAAUAUGAAAAAUGGAUUGGAUUUAUGUUAACCUUCUUGAAAAUUGUAAAAAUUAAUUUGCUGACCAAAGUCAAGAGUGAAAGAGAUGACUCAAGUCUGAAAUGAAUUUGCUGACCAAAGUCAAGAAUGAAAGCAGUAACCCAAUUCUAGAAUGAAUUGGUUAAGGAUGAGUGACAUUAUCAUUGUAAAGAUACAGUGAAUGGUAGUUAAUUAUGAAUGGCCAAAGUCAUUGUGUCAUAUAUUGUAUAUAUCAAUGUAAUUUAAAUGUACUAGUGCAAUCUGAUUGUCUGAUUUUUGUUAUUCUGUUUUCCUUUAAACACAUUUACUCUUGGUAGCGUUGUCUACUUACUUUUGGCAUUGGUUUUUAAGUAAAUUAUAUAUGAAAGUUUUGUGCAUCAAUAUUAUCAUCAACCAUUUAUACAAGAACUCAGAAAUCAUUCGAUU